GACUAUUUAGCAGUUUCUAGUCCUUGAUUAAUUAAGGCUUCAGAGUUCAUUCUUAUCUAUGCCAUGUCUUAAGUUUUCAUAAAAUUCAAUCUAUACAAGACUUGCUUUUUGUGAGCACUGUGCUUAGUGGCAGUCCGGAUUUUUCCCUCCACCCUUGCGGCCACCCCUGCCCACCGCGGCCGUCGGGCGUGGAUCUGGCAGGUGCGAGGCCGAGGCCCAGGGCUCAGCGAAGGCGGCCGAGUUUACAGAGCGCGCGCCCUAGAGGAGGCAGCAGCAGUCGCAAGCCUGGCCGCCCGAACUUUGCGAGCCUGGCGGGGGAGCACAGAGGCUGGCCGACCUGCCCCGCUAGCGCUGGAGAACGACUCCCUUUAUGCCAGCUCCCUCUCCGCCUUCCCGCAGCCUGCGCUGCGGAGCCUCGAAGACCCUGCCGCCCUCCACAAAGUCUUAAAUUACAAACCCCUGUCCUCGCGCUCGUAGGAAUCGGGGCAGCUGGGGGUUCGCGUCACAGACUCAAGCCCGCCCGCCGGAGAAGGGCAGGCCGGGCUUAGCGGGGCCGAACCCCACUCCAGCUGGGGACAGGCCGCCAAGCCGGCGGGAGGGAGCCGGCGCGAGAGACUUGACGGGAGGAGGUGGCGAGCGGGAGGCGGGAAUGAGGGCGGGCGGAGCCUGCUAGACAGCGAGCGCGAGCGCCAGCAGGGCGGAGGGCGGGGCGUGGGCGGUGCCCGGCCUUCCCGCUUCCGCGGCGCUGCAACUCCGCCGAGCCUCCUUAAAACUCUGCCGUUAAAAUGGGGGCGGGUUUUUCAACUCAAAAAGCGCUCAAUUUUUUUCUUUUCAAAAAAAGCUGAUGAGGUCGGAAAAAAGGGAGAAGAAACCGGCACCCUCUCUGAGAGGCAACAGAAGCAGCAAUUGUUUCAGCGAAAAAAGCAGCAAGGGAGGGAGUGAAGGAAAAAAGCAAAAAAGGGGGCGACACGCAAGUGCCCGUAGGGGUGAAAGGAGCAGGGACCGGCGAUCUAGGGGGGAGAUCAGCUACAAAAGAAACUGUCACUGGGAGCGGUGCGGCCAGGGAGGAAGCAGUGCUGCCAGGCUCGGCUCCAGGGAACAGCUGGCUGGCGGCUGCCCUGUCCGCAGCAAAGGGGCACAGGCCAGGGACCGCGAGAGGUGGCGAAGUGGCACCGGGCGCCGAAGCUGCUGAGCGCUCGCCGAGACGGCGGCGGGUCUGGCUGCGCCCUGGAACUGUGGCGACUCCCCCUACUCAGAACUUGGCCUGCGUUUCCCAGGACUCUCCCCAUCUCCGGAGGCUCCCACAAAACCGGGAAAGGAAGGAAAGGACAGCGGCGGCAGCAGCUCAAUGAGUACCUACAACAGAAAGCCUGAACGAGCUCGAUCGUAGGCGGGAAGUUCCCGGGGGGCUGCCCAGUACAGCCACAAUGCUGCCGCGAGCUGCCCCAGCAGUCCGGGCCGCGUAGACGCUUCCCGCAUCGCUCUCCUCCUUCCUCAGGCUGCCGGGAGUCCCGGGACCUGGCGGGGCCGGCAUGACGGGCUUCUCGGGGGCCCGCCGCACGCCCGGCAGCCUCCGGAGACGCGCGCCGAGCCCGGCUCCCACGGCCUCUGAGGCUCGGCGGGGCUGCGGCUGCCUGGCGGGCGGGCUCCGGAGCUUUCCUGAGCGGCAUUAGCCCACGGCUUGGCCCAGACGCGACUAAAGGCUCUUCUGGAGAAGCCCAGAGUACUGGGCAGUCGUUACGACCUGUAACUUGAGGGCCACGGAACUGCUACUCCCUUUCGCCUUUGGAGAUCAUCUUUUAACCCCCCGGAGCACGUCAGCAUCCAGCCACCGCGGCGCUCUCCCAGCAGCGGAGGACCCAGGACUGUCCCUUCGGCGAGACGGAUGGAAACCGAGCCCCCUGGAGGACCUGCCCCUGCAGUUCUGCCUCACACGGCUCAAGUCACCACCGUGAACAAGGGACCCUAAAGAAUGGCCGAGCCCUGGGGGAACGAGUUGGCGUCCGCAGCUGCCAGGGGGGACCUAGAGCAACUUACUAGUUUGUUGCAAAAUAAUGUAAACGUCAAUGCACAAAAUGGAUUUGGAAGGACUGCGCUGCAGGUUAUGAAACUUGGAAAUCCCGAGAUUGCCAGGAGACUACUACUUAGAGGUGCUAAUCCCGAUUUGAAAGACCGAACUGGUUUCGCUGUCAUUCAUGAUGCGGCCAGAGCAGGUUUCCUGGACACUUUACAGACUUUGCUGGAGUUUCAAGCUGAUGUUAACAUCGAGGAUAAUGAAGGGAACCUGCCCUUGCACUUGGCUGCCAAAGAAGGCCACCUCCGGGUGGUGGAGUUCCUGGUGAAGCACACCGCCAGCAAUGUGGGGCAUCGGAACCAUAAGGGGGACACCGCCUGUGAUUUGGCCAGGCUCUAUGGGAGGAACGAGGUUGUUAGCCUGAUGCAGGCAAACGGGGCUGGGGGAGCCACAAAUCUUCAAUAAAUGUGGGGAGGGCUCCCCCACGUUGCCUCUACUUUAUCAAUUAACUGGGUAGCUCGCCUGACUUUUAAUUAAGUCAUUUGUUAAAAUACAGUUCUGUCAUAUUUUAAGCAGCUAAAUUUUCUGAAACAGCAUAAGUGAAAAUCUUAUAACAGGUUUAUGAAUAUAUUUAAGCAACAUCUUUUUCACCUGCAAAAUCUGUUCUAACAUGUAAUUGCAAAUAGCUUUGACUUUCUUCUGAAUAUUUUAUCUUUCCUUGGCUUUUCCCUUGCUUCCCCUUUUACCAAUCUCAACACCCAACUUGAAGACUUUGUUUUUAAAAUGGUUUGUCCUGAUGCUUUUUUUGCCUAAUUAAAACACUUUCAAAACAGGA